UCUCGCGGUCGGCUCUCCAAGAAGACGUGUAGCAUCAGGCUAACCGAAAAAAGGCUUAUAUUUCCUUUUAUCCAUCAACUAACAAGAUAUAAAGCAGAAGCGGGAUUUAACAGAGUCUUCCCCGGGGCUUCAAGAUGUCGGACAGUGAGGACAGCGACUUCUCCGAAAACGCGAGUGGCAGCAGCGACGGAGAGGCGGAGGAGGCGGAGGGGAUUGAGGAGACGAACAGCCCUGUGGGCAGCGACAAGGUAGCAGAGGAGGAGGGGGAAGACCUGCUGGAGGAGGAGGAUGAAUACGAUGAAGAGGAGGAGGAAGACGAUGACGAGCGCCCGAGGAAGAAGCCGAGGCACGGAGGCUUCAUUCUAGACGAAGCCGAUGUGGACGAUGAGUAUGAGGAUGAGGAGGAUCAGUGGGAGGAAGGAGCGGAAGAUAUUCUGGAGAAAGCAGAGGAAGCUGAAGUGUCUAACAUCGACCAUGUGGUUCUGGACGAGGAUAACUCCGGAUCCAGAAGGCUGCAGAAUCUCUGGAGAGACUCCAGAGAAGAGGCGCUGGGUGAAUACUACACGAGGAAAUACGCCAAGACUUCUAGAGGAGAGCAUUUCCCUGGAGGGUCGGAGGAGCUUUCUGAUGACAUCACACAGCAGCAGCUACUUCCUGGAGUCAAGGAUCCCAAUCUGUGGACGGUCAAGUGUAAGAUUGGAGAGGAGAGGGCGACGGCCAUCGCUCUGAUGAGGAAGUUCGUCGCCUACCAGUUCACCGACACGCCGCUGCAGAUAAAGUCGGUGGUGGCCCCGGAUCACGUGAAAGGCUACAUCUACGUGGAGUCGUACAAACAGACGCACGUGAAGGCGGCCAUCGAGGGCAUCGGGAACCUGAGGAUGGGUCUGUGGAACCAGCAGAUGGUGCCGAUCAAAGAGAUGACCGACGUGCUGAAGGUCGUCAAGGAGGUCACCAACCUCAAGCCCAAGUCCUGGGUGCGGCUCAAGAGAGGCCUGUACAAGGACGACAUCGCUCAGGUGGACUACGUGGAGCCGAGUCAGAACACCAUCUCUCUGAAGAUGAUUCCCCGCAUAGACCUGGACCGCAUCAAGGCCAAGAUGAGCCUGAAAGACUGGUUCGCUAAGAGGAAGAAGUUCAAGAGACCCGCUCAGAGGCUGUUUGAUGCUGAGAAGAUCAGGUCCCUCGGGGGGGAGGUCAGCCACGAUGGAGACUUCAUGAUCUUCGAGGCGAAUCGUUACAGCCGGAAAGGAUUUCUGUUCAAGAGCUUCGCCAUGUCUGCUGUGAUCACAGACGGAGUGAAACCCACUCUCUCUGAGCUGGAGAAGUUUGAGGAUCAACCUGAAGGCAUCGACCUGGAGGUGGUCACUGAGUCAGGUAAGGAGCGUGAACACAACCUGCAGGCUGGAGACAACGUGGAGGUGUGUGAGGGAGAGCUGAUCAACCUGCAGGGAAAAAUCCUCAGUGUGGACGGAAACAAGAUCACCAUCAUGCCCAAACACGAAGACCUGAAGGACCCCCUGGAGUUCCCGGCUCACGAGUUGAGGAAAUAUUUCCGUAUGGGCGACCACGUGAAGGUGAUCGCGGGUCGAUACGAGGGCGACACCGGCCUCAUCGUCAGGGUGGAGGAGAACUUCGUCAUCCUCUUCUCUGACCUCACCAUGCACGAGUUGAAGGUGUUACCCAGAGACCUGCAGCUCUGCUCGGAGACGGCUUCCGGGGUGGAUGCGGGGGGGCAGCACGAGUGGGGGGAGCUGGUGCAGCUCGACCCUCAGACGGUCGGGGUCAUCGUCCGUCUGGAGAGGGAGACGUUCCAGGUGCUGAACAUGCACGGGAAGGUGAUGACGGUGAAGCAUCAGUCGGUGAACCGCAGGAAGGACAACCGCUUCGCCGUGGCUCUGGACUCGGAGCAGAACAACAUCCACGUCAAGGACAUCGUCAAGGUCAUCGACGGCCCACACUCGGGUCGCGAGGGGGAGAUCCGUCAUCUGUUCAGAGGAUUCGCCUUCCUCCACUGUAAGAAGCUGGUGGAGAACGGGGGCAUGUUCGUCUGCAAGACCCGACACCUGGUGCUGGCCGGAGGGUCAAAGCCCAGAGACGUGACCAACUUCACAGUGGGAGGAUUCGCUCCCAUGAGUCCUCGCAUCACCAGCCCCAUGCACCACGGAGGAGGAAGCUCUCCACAGAGAGGAGGAGGAGGAGGAGGAGGAGGAGGAAUGGGGCGGGGCCGAGGACGAAGAGACAACGAUCUGAUUGGUCAAACCGUCCGCAUCUCGCAGGGUCCUUACAAAGGAUACAUUGGGGUGGUGAAGGACGCCACAGAGUCUACGGCGCGCGUUGAGCUGCACUCGACCUGUCAGACCAUCUCAGUGGAUCGACAGCGCCUCACCACCAUGGGGGCUAAGAGGCACAGCGGGCAGACCUCGACUCACGGCCGCACCCCGAUGUACGGAUCCCAGACUCCGAUGUACGGGACGGGAUCCAGAACGCCCAUGUACGGCUCUCAGACGCCCGUACAAGAAGCUGGAAGCCGCACGCCUCACUACGGCUCUCAAACCCCAUUGCAUGAUGGGAGCAGGACGCCGGGUCAGAGCGGAGCCUGGGACCCCAGCAACCCCAACACACCCUCCAGGAAUGACGAGGAGUAUGACUUUGGGUACGACGAUGAACCGUCCCCCUCCCCUCAGGGUUACACCGGGACCCCCAACCCCCAGACCCCCGGUUACCCAGAGGUCCCCUCUCCUCAGGUUAACCCUCAGUACAACCCUCAGACGCCGGGCACGCCUGCUAUGUACAACACGGAGCAGUACUCUCCGUACGCCGCCCCCUCCCCUCAGGGCUCCUACCAGCCCAGCCCCUCCCCUCAGAGCUACCACCAGGUGGCGCCCUCUCCGGUGGGAUACCAGAACACACAUUCCCCCGCCAGCUACCACCCCACACCCUCCCCCAUGGCGUACCAGGCCAGUCCCAGUCCCAGUCCAGUGGGGUACAGUCCGAUGACCCCCGGAGCCCCCUCCCCCGGAGGGUACAACCCUCACACGCCCGGGUCCAACAUCGAGCAGGGCGGCAGCGACUGGGUCACGCCCGACAUCUUAGUGAAGAUCAAAGACUCCUUCAUGGACCUGAUGGGGCAGAGCGGAGUCAUCCGGAGCGUCACGGGUGGGAUGUGCUCGGUGUUCAUGCAGGAGUCUGAGAAGGUGGUCAGCAUCAGCAGCGAUCACCUGGAGCCCGUCACCCCCACCAAGAACAACAAGGUGAAGGUGAUCCUGGGCGAGGACAGAGAGGCCACGGGGAUCCUGCUCAGUAUCGACGGAGACGACGGCAUCGUGCGGAUGGAGCUGGACGACCAGCUGAAGAUCCUCAACCUGCGCUUCCUGGGCCGCCUGGAGCACUGAGGACACUCACUCACACACACACACACACACUCACAGAGGGAAGUGUUCGCUACGUAUUAACUCACUGCAAUGUCGGGAAUGUCGUUUUUUGAGAAGCUCCACACCAGAAGAUCCUCUCAUUCUUCGGCAGUGUGUGUGUGAGGCGUCCAUAUAUCUGGCUCAGAGUGUGUGUGUGUGUGUUACUUUGUUUACCAGAAACCAUCACACACACACAGCAGGAAGUGUUGGCUGCGUAUUAACUCACUGCAGUGUGGGGAAUUUAAGUUUUUGAGAAGCUCCACACCAAAAGAACCUCACCUUUUUACAGCAGUGUGUGUGAGGCGUCCAUAUAUCUGGCUCUCAGAGUGUGUGUGUGUGUGUGUUGCUUUGUUUUCCAGAAACCAUCACACACACGCACAGCAUCUCUCUCUCUCUCUCUCUCUCUGGUCUUUUUAUUUUUAGCUGGGCUGUAUUCUGCCUGCUGGUCUGAAUCUGUUUUUAGUGCUCUCUGAAUGUUCUGUCUUUUUGUUUUUUCUCGGUGGAGAAGGGGUUAAAGAAGUGUAACAUGUCAAUAAACUGUCAACCAGUGAA